AUGGACAUCAGCAUAAUUCAAACAUAUGCACCCACUACUAAGAGCAGUGACGAAGACAUAGACAGAUUUUAUGCCCAGUUAGAUCAGGCAUACUCGCAGUGCAAAUCCCAGGAUAUCAUCAUUGUUAUGGGGGAUUUCAAUGCUAAAGCUGGUAACGAGAGGGUAGACAACAUCGUGGGUCCUCAUGGACUAGGAAGCCGAGCAGACUGUUACAGCGAUCAUGUUCCAGUGAUGGGCCGAUUUAGGGCCAAGAUGAGAACACUAAAGAAACCUACCCUAAGGGAACAACUAGAUAUAUCAUUACUCCAGAAAAAUAACACUAUAAAGGAGAAGUAUGCUGUAGAGGUAAAGAACAGGUUCAGUGCUUUAGAGGAUCUUAAUUCCAUCGAGGAUCAUUGGAAGGGCUUGGAGGUUUCGAUCAUGGAUGCAGCAAACGAAGUGCUACCAAGGAUUCUGGAGAGGUGGUCAGAAUACUUGAUUGAACUCUUCGAUGAUGAGAGGAACACGGAACGUACUAUCGACUUAGAAAUGAGUGGUCCACCCAUUAUGGAAGAUGAAGUAAGGAAUGCUGUAAGAAAAAUGAAAAAAGGUAAAGCUCCAGGGCCUGAUAACAUCACUCUAGAAAUGAUACUAGCCCUAGAUGAAUAUGGCAUCAACUUACUGACAUCUCUGUUGAACAAGAUCUAUGACACAGGUAUGAUGCCACUAGACCUUUUAAAGUCUGUCUUCAUCGCUCUACCCAAAAAGCCAGGAGCAACAGAAUGUGAAAACCAUCGGACCAUAAGCCUGAUAAGUCAAGUGACAAAAAUACUCCUGAAGAUUAUCACCAAUAGAGUCAGGAAUAAAAUUAAGCCAGAGAUUACUGAAGGACAAUGCGAUUAUACUAAAGCAUUCGACAAAGUAAGACACGAUGAAAUCAUUAACAUCCUAGAGCAACUGCACAUAGACGGAAAAAACCACCGUAUCAUCAAGAACAUAUAUUGGGAACAGAUAGCAGCUAUGAGGGUCGACAACGAGAUCGGAGAGUGUCUUAUCACCUGA